AUGAGAGCUCAACAUCGAGGAGUAGGAGGACCAGCACCACAAAACCCUGAGAGUCAAACCGAUGAGCCAGAAAUUAAAUCGGACAUGAAAGAAGAAGACCAUAUAGCAAAAAACAUGAGGCGAGAGCCCAAGAUAUGGGAGAGGCACAAUGAGGACUCUACACUCAAAACUGAACCUUAA